UACGCAAGAGCACAACAACAUGACUUGCUCAGCUACCCUUUCUGUGUUUUUUCUCUGCUUUGUUGGUGGAAUCAAAGCUUGGCUUAUAAAUCAACCUGCAGCUCUUCAAACAGUCGAACUUGGAGAAACUGUCACAAUAGAGUGCUACUUACCUAAGAAAGACUUCAACAGCAUGGCGUGGUACAAGCAGGAGCUUGGCAUGAUGCCUGAACCCAUGGCAAAAGGUUACAAUUACCUACAAGGCAUCACGUAUCUGGAUGGUUUUAAAGAUGGACGUUUUAUUGUGUCAACAGGCAAAGGAAUUUUUCACUUAACCAUUUCAGCAACAAAAAAUGAAGAUUCAGCUACUUAUUUCUGCGGUGUGAUAGCUCUGAACGAGCUGCGAUUCGGAUCGGGAACACUUUUGAUUAUAAAAGGUCUCCAGUUCAGCAAUCAAACAGUUCUACAAAAUCCUGUUGUAGAUCUAUUCUACCCAGGAGAUAAUGUCAUUCUGAACUGCACUGUCGAGAUUGCAGAACCUAGCUGUCCAGAGCCACACAACGUGUACUGGUUUAAAGAUGGCUCAGUAAAAACUUCUUCAGCAAUGAGUAACACUCAUGAAUACAGGGAUGGUCAGUGUGAGAAGAUCUCAGAGACUGAUUCUCCUACACAGAGCUGUGUCUACAAACUCCCCAAGAGAAACCUCAACCUCUCUGAUGCUGGAACUUACUACUGUGCUGUGCUCAUGUGUGGAGAGAUCAUCUUUGGGAACGGAACUAAACUGAGUAUUGCAGACAACAACCCUUCAGGCACUGUCAGUCCCACCUAUCUCAUACUGGUCUCCUCAAACAUAAUCUCAGUGUUGGUGAUGAUCAUAAUCAUUAUUAUUCGGUUUAAAAACCAAAUGCUUUCAGCAGGAUCUUCAAACUGUGAAACAUCUCUGGAUACUCAUGACGCUUGUGAUGAAGCUUUGAACUAUGCCGCUUUGAGUUUUAACAGUAAACCACCGUCCUCCAGAGGCACUAGAAGACAACAGAAGCUUAAAGACACUGGAGUGUACUCGCAGAUCAAAUAUGAGCUUCAAAGCUGAAUUAUCUAAAGCUUCAAGAGUUCACCCCCAAUUGUCUGCUAACUGCUUCCUCUCAAAUCUAGUGCAUUUCGAUUAAUGUGGUAGUUUACUACUUAAACAGAUCAUUCUACUACCAUAGAAUGGAAUUUUAUUCAUAUUGUAAAAAUAAUCAUUAGUAAAAAUAUGUCUAUACACAUUUGAACAUACUUGUUUUCUUUAUGUGUGUGUAAAGAGAGAUCUGAGAUGAAAAGACUACUAAGCUCUAACCACUCCUGUAUAACUCCUUUAACCAUGGGGAGCCAGACUGCAACUGUCAAUAAGCUUUAUUUUAAUAAAGCUUUAUUUAAGUUUGGGAUCAGAACUGGAAUUAAACUAGAAUUCCAAAGUCAGAUUUUCUGAUAUUCUGAAAUUGUUUUAUUGAUUCUCAUGCAAAUUACACAAUAAAAGCUGUGGAGGUAAGCUAGCUAAGUGUUUUUUUGUCCGCAUGAACAAAAAAUUCCAGCCACCCUUGAGGUUGUUCGACUAAAUGGUGUCUACACCAGUAGUCAGAAGUAUGAGUCCAUGACAAUAUAGUUUGCAUUGUCUCUGGCAUAGAUAAUGGGUAGAUCCAAUAUUGAGAACAAGCUUGGUUUA